AUGGCCCGGACCAAAGUUAGGGAGGAUGGAUUUUGUUAUAAGAAGGGUGCAUCUCGUUCUAAAUUAGCAGAGGUUGAUGGGAGUGAUAUACCAACUAAGCGACCAAAAACCACAUCAGAUGAGCGCAGAAGUCGACUGGAGGAACUUGAAAAAGCACAAAACGAGAUAGAAAAAUCCAUUAAAAUAAAAGAGCAGAGGAGAAGCAAAGCAGAAAGUAUAAAAGAUUUUGCAUUGUGUGAUAAACUUUCAACAGAGAUCCGAGGACUUCUCAGAGAAAAACACGUCCAUGAGAAUGAAAAAAAAGAUUUUAAACAGGAAGGUAUCCCAAGCAAACUGGUUUGCAAAGAAAAGGCCCGAAAGCAAGAACAAGCAGAAAGGGGAAAAUCUCCAAAGUCAAGUUCAGCAACACUUGAUUCUUUGUGGUCUAAACAAACGAAUGUUUCCUGUACUUCUGCCACCACAAUUAUGGACAAUACAAUACAUGAAGAUCCAAACGAUAUUGAAAUCACCACAGUUAAUGAUAAACCAGACCCAGAAACCAAAGGCCACGAGGAGUCAACAAGUAGAUUGGGGAAUCAGGAUUUUUAG